AUGAAUAAUACUAAUAAUACCAAGUCUAAUCAAUCCCCACAAGCACCAUCAAUCACUGGUGCUAACGACUCUGAAGAGCAAUCCUCUCCUGCCCUCGAAGUUUCUCCUCCUUCAGCUGCUAAGAACAAUAAUUCAGAUAAACCCGAGAUUCCAAGUGCUGGAGAAGAGGACGUGGUGAUGGCCGAGAAAGAGACGGCAUCGGCGUCGGCAUCAGCGGAUGAUCCGAUUGAAGAGAAUUCGGUGAACCCAGCUACCGUUUUUAGUAUCAGGCUUAAGCAACCGAAAUCCAAUUUACUCCAUAAAAUGAGUGUUCCGGAGCUCUGCCGCACUUUCAGUGUUGUUGCUUGGUGUGGAAAGCUAAAUGCUAUAGCUUGUGCAUCAGAAACUUGUGCAAGAAUCCCAAGUUCGAAUGCAAAUCCUCCAUUUUGGAUCCCAAUACAUAUAGUGAUUCCAGAGCGGCCCACCGAGUGUACAGUUUUUAAUGUUAUAGCAGAUUCUCCACGUGACUCUGUUCAGUUCAUCGAGUGGUCACCUACUUCCUCUCCCCGUGCCUUGCUUAUAGCUAAUUUUCACGGCCGGAUUACCAUCUGGACUCAGCCUUCCCAAGGUCCUGCUAAUUUGGUAAAAGAGGCUAGUUACUGGCAGCUGGAAUAUGAGUGGCGCCAGGACAUUGCAGUUGUUACAAAGUGGCUAUCAGGGGUUUCUCCGUAUAGGUGGCUCUCUGCCAGAUCUAGUGGUUCCACAAAGUCAACAUUUGAGGAGAAAUUCCUUUCACAGCUGCCACAGGCUCCAGCUGGUUGGCCAAAUUUUCUGUGUGUGUGCUCUGUUUUCUCGUCGGGCUCUGUUCAGCUCCAUUGGUCCCAAUGGCCUCCUAAUCAGAGUGGUACACCAUCAAAGUGGUUUUGCACAAGUAAAGGUCUGUUGGGAGCUGGGCCUAGCGGGAUUAUGGCUGCGGAUGCAAUUAUUACAGAUUCUGGUGCCAUGCAUGUGGCAGGCGUUCCAAUUGUGAACCCAUCAACUGUUGUUGUUUGGGAGGUUACACCUGGCCCAGGAAAUGGUUUUCAAACUACUCCAAAGGCCAGUGUGAGCAGCGAAGUCCCGCCAUCACUUAAUCCUCCUUCAUGGGAAGGUUUUGCUCCUCUUGCUGCAUAUUUGUUUAGCUGGCAGGAGUAUUUAAUAUUAGAAGCGAAGCAAGGGAAGAAACACACAGAGCAAGAUUGUAGUGACAUGGUAGCUCUUCAUUGUUCACCAGUUUCAAACUUUUCUGCUUACGUGAGUCCCGAGGCUGCGGCUCAAUCAGCGGCUACGACAACCUGGGGCUCUGGGGUCACUGCUGUUGCCUUUGAUCCAACACGUGGUGGUUCCGUGAUAGCUGUUGUGAUAGUUGAAGGACAGUACAUGUCCCCUUAUGAUCCUGAUGAGGGUCCUUCAGUCACAGGAUGGAGAGUUCAACGUUGGGAAUCAUCUGUCGAGGAUGUUGUGAUCCAUCAGAUAUUUGGAAACCCCACAAAAUUUGAUGGACAGGCACCCAAGCAGACAGUUUGGUUGAGUAAAGUGAUUAAAUGCAUUCCAGCAUCUAGUGAUUUCACGAUUUCAGGAACACCUACUGGAUCAACUCGUGAUGGGAAAAUUAUGAAUGAAUGUGGGGGUGAGAUUGCAAAGCGGAUCAGUUUUGAUCCUUUUGAUUUGCCCAGUGAUGUUAGGACUCUUGCUCGAAUUGUGUAUUCUGCUCAUGGCGGGGAGAUUGCUGUUGCUUUUCUACGUGGUGGGGUCCAUGUUUUUUCUGGUGUAAACUUCAUGCCCGUCGAUAACUACCAGAUCAAUGUUGGCUCUGCAAUUGCUGCUCCUGCAUUCUCUUCUACGAGUUGUUGUUCAGCUUCCGUUUGGCACGAUGCCAGCAAUGAUUGUGCCAUAUUAAAGAUAGUUCGUGUUCUUCCUCCUCCUGUUCCUAAUAGUCAAGUUAAAGCCAAUUCUGCAACGUGGGAGCGGGCUAUUGCCGAGAGAUUUUGGUGGAGUCUUCUUGUGGGAGUUGAUUGGUGGGAUGCUGUUGGUUGUACACAGAGUGCCGCAGAGGACGGCAUUGUUUCGCUUAACAGUGUUAUUGCUGUGUUGGACACGGAUUUCCACUCACUUCCUACUACUCAGCACCGACAGCAGUAUGGACCUAGUUUGGACAGAAUAAAGUGCAGGCUACUUGAAGGUACAACUGCUCAAGAGGUCAGGGCUAUGGUUCUUGACAUGCAAGCAAGGUUAUUGCUGGAUAUGCUUGGUAAAGGAAUUGAAUCAGCUUUAAUAAAUCCUUCAGCUUUGGUACAAGAACCAUGGCAUGCAUCUGGUGAGAUGCUGUCUGGUAUUGAUCCCGAAGCAAUGGUUGUUGAACCAGCACUUGUCCUUAGCGUCCAGGCUUAUGUUGAUGCAGUCCUUGAUCUAGCAUCACACUUCAUCACGCGUUUGAGACGUUAUGCAAGUUUCUGCCGUACUUUGGCGAGUCACGCCGUUACUGCAGGCACAGGUGGGAGUCGGAAUAUGGUGACAAGUCCAACUCAAAGUGCUGCUACUCCUACAACUCAGGGAGCCCAAGGUGGAACUGCUAGUUCCACAGGAAGUACUCAGAUACAAGCCUGGGUACAAGGAGCUAUUGCCAAGAUUAGCAGCACAACUGAUGGCGUUCCAAAUUCAGCUCCAAACCCCAUAAGUGGUCCUUCGACCUUUAUGCCUAUAAGUAUCAAUACGGGAACUUUUCCUGGGACUCCAGCUGUUAGGCUUAUAGGAGACUGCCAUUUUCUUCAUCGCUUAUGCCAACUUUUGCUAUUUUGUUUUUUCUUUCGGCGAACACAAUUACCCCGUUUUAUUGGGGCUGCUCAAAGAAAUGCUGAUUCAUCUACACAAAGGACUCAGCUUAGCACUGCAGGUAAAGUAGAAGAACCCAACUCUAUCCCUGCAAAACCAGCAACAGCUACUGUCAGGUCAGAAGAAUCACAAGUGACAAGGUCUGGACAGGCUGCCACUGUGGCAAAAGGACCUGAAGAAGGUCCAACUAGCCGGUCAAGAUUAGGUUCCGGCAAUGCUGGUCAAGGAUAUACAUUUGAUGAGGUGAAGGUUCUCUUUCUUAUACUCAUGGAUCUUUGCCGGAGGACGGCAGGUCUGGGACAUCCGUUGCCUGUUUCUCAGGUUGGAAGCGGCAACAUCCAGGUCCGUCUUCAUUAUAUUGAUGGAAACUACACUGUUUUGCCGGAGGUUGUAGAAGCAUCACUGGGCCCUCAUAUGCAGAACAUGCCUCGGCCUAGAGGUGCUGAUGCUGCAGGUUUGCUUCUCCGUGAGUUGGAACUCCAUCCUCCAGCUGAAGAAUGGCACAAGAGGAACAUGUUUGGGGGACCUUGGUCUGAUCCAGAUGAUACUAGUCUUACAGAUGAUGGUACUAGAUUUAACAGCUUAUCGGAUAUGCUUGAUUCUGUGACAUCGGAGGACCGUGUUUCUCAUUAUGGAGCUCGUGGCUUGUGGCCGAGGAAACGUAGGAUGUCUGAAAGAGAUGCAGCUUUUGGAUUGAACACUUCGGUCGGCCUUGGAGCAUAUUAUGGUAUAAUGGGUUCCCGAAGAGAUGUCGUGACAGCUGUGUGGAAAACAGGGCUUGAAGGAGUCUGGUACAAGUGCAUAAGAUGUUUGCGGCAGACUUCAGCUUUUGCUUCUCCUGGUUCUGGUAGUUCUUCUAAUCAAAAUGAGAAAGAAACAUGGUGGAUCAGCCGCUGGGCAUAUGGGUGCCCAAUGUGUGGUGGAGCAUGGGUUCGAGUCGUGUAG